AUGGAUCAUCUUCCUGCCUCCCUGCGUGCGGUCCAUCUUGAAGAUAACAAUCUCGGACUUGAGAUUCAGACCCUCAGCCCCACCACCACGCAUGGCCAAGCCACCCAAGUCACAGCUGACACAAACAUCCAAACCACUGUCGACCAAGACAUCGUGCACACAAACACUCCCUCCGCCGAUGCUCCUACGGGCAACCAAAACACCACCUCGAGUGCCCAUUGCAUGGCCAUUAGAUUUGGUGGAAGUCACUCAAUACCCGUUCCGUUCUCCAACCAUGAUCAUGCUGGUGGUGAAGGCGAUGAGAGUGACGACGAUGACGACCUCCCUGAUUACGAUGACUCUGACUCGCAAUCCACCGACGACGAGUCCGAGGUCCCCCGUCAAGCCUCUUUGCAUCAUCAAAACAUCGAGAUGACUGCCCAACAAGAGGUCGAGUUCCUCAACAGAAUCUUUGGCGAUCUCCCCGAGGGAUCGACCAACCUAAACUCCAUUGGGAUCUGUGCCAAUUGCGGUCGAAUCAACGCGACCGACGGAACUCCAAUCAAUCAUGAUCACGCUCCUGGAUCAUGCACGGCGAAUCCCAUCAAUGACGUCCAAGCUGAAGACGAAGACGAAGAUGAAGACGAAGACGAAGUCGAUUUCUACGAAGUCACCGACUCUCAAGACUACACCGAGCCUGGCGACGAAUCCGACGAAUCCGACACCGAAGAAGACGAAACGCGUCUCGUGUGCAGCAUCUGUUCGCGCCGCCUCGCACUCAUCUGCUUCACUCCUUGCACCCAUUUCUUCUGCACCUCGUGUGCACUUGGCAUUUGGUGGAGCGGAGUCAGAUACCCGCACCAUUGGCCGCUGUCCAUGCCGUGUCCGCUGUGUCGAGACGUCGUGGAGGACGUCAUUGAUGAGGGCGGUGUGGUGAUCGACCUUCUGUGGUGGGUGUUGCUCGUCAGUGAGAGGGCGCAGGAGAGGGCUAUGAUUGAGGAUGUGGGCAUGAUCAUCUCUGCGCAUGCUCAGGCGUUGGUCAGGAACAUGUAG